GUCCAUGUGAGCUCGCCCCUGCAGUAGGUAUACAUAACCGUACGCACACACACGCACUUUCGCGCCUGCCUUAAUAUUGAGUCGUGCUGUGUGUGUUUUUUUUUUUUUUAAGCGGGAUAUACAUUGAAAUAUCUUCCGAAAGAAACCCACUUUAUUUUGUUUUUUUGGCUGGCGUUGUGAGCGUGGGAUGCGUGGACCUCCUCAGCCCCCUCCUCCUUUGUCAAUCUGCUGGGGGGCCUCAACGUGGACCGGCUUUUUUUUUUUUUAAUUUGUUUGAAUGACAAGCAAGGUCCCCUUGCUGAUUCUCGCCUGACUCUCCAUUAAAUCGCAGUCAACGAAUCCGCUGCCAUGCCCAUCCUAAAGCAGCUGGUGUCCGGCUCCUCCCACAAGACCCGGCGUUCCCGCACCGACCUGACCAGGGAGAUGAUCAGCGCCCCGCUCGGCGACUUCCGCCACACCAUGCACGUCGGCCGCAGCGGCGACGCCUUCGGCGACACCUCCUUCCUCAGCACGCGCUCGGGCGAACCCCCGGCGGAGUCCGCCUCCUUCCCCAGCUCCCCCCGGCCGGGUCUGCUGUCGCGCACCUUCAGGAGCAGCAAGCGCUCCCAGUCGGUGACCCGUGUGGACCAGCACCCCCUGGUGGUCUCGGGCGGGUCGCCCACUUACGUGAAGAACGCCAUGUCGCUGCCUUUUCUCAACGACGAGGACCGAGGAGACGGCAUGGUGGCCAAGAGUCUGUCCUCCAGUCCUUUGAAGCAGCUGGCGGAAGGCGACGGCGGCGGGGCAGCCGCCGCCAACCACUUCCUGGAGGUGGAGGAGCGAAGAUUCGGGGAGGCGACAGAACUACCCGAGAGCUGCCGCCCCUCUUUAUGCGGAAUGAAGCACGCGGAGUCGGUCAUGUCCUUCCACGUGGACUUGGGGCCGUCCAUGCUGGGGGACAUCCUGGGCGUGAUGGAGAAGGAGGACGACGACCUCGGCUACGAGGAAGGCAAGAGCAGCGAAGGCCGCGCCUCGCCGCCUCUCAGCAACCACGAGGAAGAAGACCGCCGGAAAACGGACGAAAAGGAGGCGACUCGGAGAACCUCCCCGCAUCCGGAACCGGAGAUCUGUGGGGUCCGCACCCCCGAGGCCCGCCCCAAGCACCUGCAGCACCUAGACAGCUGUUCCGUGUCCAGCUCGGGCUCGGCGGCGCUGGACGAGCGAGCCCACGCCUACGCCGCCGACACGGACAGCGCCACCUUCAGCGCUCCGCCGGAAGAGGAGAGCAACUUCUCGUCCUUCUUAGACGACGAAGACGACGAGAUCCGCCUGUGAGCUCCGGAAUGUUGUUUAUGCAAGGAAACUGCUCGCCCACACCCCCCCCCCCCCCCACCACCGUCCCUUGAGAGCGGAAAAGUGAGUGAGAAUCACCAGGAAUUUGAAUAUGGAACAUUCCAGAAGGACAGUUUCCAGAGAAGGAAAAAAAUGUGUCUUUUCCCAGCCUCCGGUUUUGACGUGUCACAUGCUUUUUUUUUUUUGGCCCCAGGCCUUCGCGUCACCACAGGAAUGCCGUUUUGGGGUAUCUUCAGUGAGCGAGAGUCCCUGUCUGGAUAAUAGACCAUUGAGCUGUCAGAGUGCUUGGAUUUAUGCAACAAUGGAUGCUACUUCCCCAAAUAACCCCCCCCCCCCCCCCCCCACUACCCCCACCCCCCCCAACCCCGAGCUGUAAACAUCACCUUAUUGCAGGCAUUUAGGCAUCAAACUGUAAGGUUCGUAUGGUUUAAUGAGUGUCUUGACUAUAUUUCUGUGUCUUGUUUGUUCGUUAUUUGAUUUACGUGGCUACCAACUCUAAGCGACGGCAAUAAUAAAGAUUUAUAUGCAACCUUGCCCUUAAAAUUGACAUGUGCCAAAAAUAUUUUUUCAACCCUCCCCCGAAUUUAAAUAAAAAAAAAAAGGAACCUUCUUGCAAACGUUUGGGAGAUUAACUUUUCCUCUCAAUUUUCAAUGUUGACGAAGAAGGAAAAAAAAGUGCGUAACUGGAUAUUUAUGUUGCUAAUCACUCGAAACACUAUAAUAUAUAUAUAUAUAUGUAUGUAUGUAUAAUUUAGGUAAUUGGUGCAAAUGGGGGACGUUUUUUUAUAUCUUACAUGCCUUACUGUUGUCGUCUUUAGCCUUUUUUUCUGUAUUAGCUAAAAUAACCUAUAUUUUUCAAUAAAAUGAGUUUGUGAUUACUUA